CCGACUAAUAAGCAGGGCCGUAGAAACCGGCGGAACCUGUGCUCCCAAUGUUUAAUUUGGAUUAUUUCAUUCAUCUCCCCCCCAAAUUAUUUGCAUUUCCACUCCGCCCAAUAUCAAAUUCUCUCUUACGCCUUUGCUAAUAAGGGAACGCAAUCUGCGCACUAUUAAUGCCCAUCCCGAAAACUAAACGUGAUGUUUUUGUCCGUACCUGGUGCAUCGCGGGUAACGGAGAAGCGGGAACCAGAGGCGCUGAUCUCGAAAAUGAGUUCCAUGUCCCAACAGCAAGAGGAGUUGGUAUUCUUCCUUGUUUCUGAUUGGCUUGCAGGUAAUAUUCCAGUCAGUAUAUUGGUUGUAGAUGAAGAUGAGGAAGAUUGCCGGGCUUUGGGUCAAAGAUCAACGGGCAAGAAGACAAAUAAGCCAUUUGAGAAAGAUAGGAGUCCUCAGUUAGAGGAACACCCAACGCUGAGGUCGCCGGGGGAAUCCAGAGGCGCAAGUAGAAGGACCAGUAAAGGGCGACACGAAGGUGGCGCCCCCUGUAGGCAGGCUGUGGAGGGGAACACGGAGAGCCCUGCUCAAGCUACUGAGAUGAACAGUACAGAGCGUCAGCUGAGAGACCAUAGAUCUUGCCCAGUCCGUGACUGUUCCUCCCCCAGAGCGGACUCUGUCCUCGUGAGGUGUGUGGGUAAGAGCUCUGUGGGCUCCCUGCUUUGUGACCGUGUCACUCCUGUGGUCAGAGAGUUCAAGGAGGAUCAAUCAAGCACUUCGAGAUGCAAGUCUGAGUGGAGCGUAAGUGGCCUGGGCAGCAUGACGCGUAGAUAUAGCUGCCAGCAAUGCCUUUAUGUCACCUCCCGCUCCGACAGUCUGGCCUGCCACAUGAGGAUUCACACUGGUGAGAAGCCCUAUGGAUGUCAGGACUGUGGCCGUGCUUUUCGGACCCGCAGUGAACUGAAUCGUCACCGUCACCCCAAAACGUUGCAGUGUGACGUCUGCGAGUAUGCCACAAAUAGGCUAGACCACCUGAAGAUCCACAGGCGGAUCCACACAGAUGAGCGGCCCUGUGUUUGUGCCAAAUGUGGGCUGGCCUUCCGGACCUCGAGCCACCUCACGCGGCACAAGCAAAUUCAUGGGGACAAGUUGGAUUGAUGGGGAGGUGACGUUUUAUACGUCUGGAAUGUUCUCACGCUAUAAAACUGUUCUGGGGGGGGAUUAAAGUCCUGCUUUUGGGUUCGACAUCAGAUCAUAACCUCAGGGAAUGAAGCUUUAAAUGUCCUAACAUGCAGAUGCACAUCUCCUUUGUCUCCUCUGAAAGUAAUUACUUAAAUUGCACAUCUUUUAAUAUUUUGAAGUGCAUUGCUUUUGUUGUGGUAUCCCUGACGUGAAGGUCCUUCUCAUCUCGUCUGUGAUGAAACAGAUUUUGAUUGCUUUAGGAGAAUUUUCUGUUGUCCACUUUGUUAUAAAGUAUACUUCUCAUGCCAUUGCAGUAUUUUAAUAAUCUGCAGAGGAAUAUAAUUAUGAUUCACGCUUCAUAUUAAUUUCUAUAUUCUUUGAAACCAGCUCACUUAUGUGUGGUGACGAGUUUGGGUCACAUCAUCGGUGCACAUCUGUAAUCUCUUCCCUCAUGCAGGGCAUUUCUGACAAAGCUUUGUGCUGAAUACUUUUUGGUUUUCACUUCUAAAGCGAAUAAUGUCUGUAGCUGAAAAUGUACAAGACAAAAUUCGAGUUCAGUGUCUGGCUGCAGAGUAAUUAUUAUCAUCUUUUGCAGGACAUGAGAGCUGCUUGCUAGACAGGGUUUGUUACAGCAGUUGCCACGAGUCGACAAAUAAAAUACUUGCAAUUA